ACUGAGUGGUGCUGUGCGAGAGUCACGUAUAGUGUUUAAGUAAUUUAUAGCAAAUUUUAUAUAAACAAAAUGAGGGAAAUCGUACACAUCCAGGUCGGCCAGUGCGGUAACCAGAUCGGAGCUAAAUUCUGGGAGAUCAUUUCUGAUGAGCACGGCAUCGACCCCACUGGCGCGUACCAUGGCGACUCGGACCUGCAAUUGGAGCGCAUCAAUGUUUACUACAAUGAGGCCUCCGGUGGCAAGUAUGUGCCUCGCGCCAUCCUUGUCGACUUAGAACCCGGCACCAUGGACUCUGUCCGCUCAGGACCUUUUGGACAGAUCUUCCGCCCGGACAACUUCGUGUUCGGUCAAUCCGGUGCUGGUAACAACUGGGCUAAGGGACAUUACACCGAGGGUGCUGAACUCGUUGACUCAGUUUUAGACGUCGUACGUAAGGAAGCAGAAUCUUGUGAUUGUCUCCAAGGUUUCCAACUCACACACUCACUCGGCGGCGGUACUGGAUCCGGUAUGGGCACACUCCUUAUCUCCAAAAUCAGAGAAGAAUAUCCCGACAGAAUCAUGAACACAUACUCCGUCGUCCCCUCGCCCAAAGUAUCAGACACCGUAGUAGAACCUUAUAACGCGACUCUCUCAGUGCACCAACUCGUAGAAAACACAGACGAAACCUACUGUAUCGACAAUGAGGCUCUAUAUGACAUCUGUUUCCGCACACUCAAACUGUCCACUCCCACCUACGGAGAUCUCAACCACUUAGUUUCCCUCACAAUGUCUGGUGUCACGACCUGCCUCAGGUUCCCUGGUCAACUUAACGCAGAUCUUCGUAAACUGGCUGUCAACAUGGUUCCUUUCCCACGUCUCCACUUCUUCAUGCCUGGAUUCGCUCCUCUUACAUCCCGUGGAAGCAGACAGUACCGCGCCCUCACUGUCCCCGAGCUCACGCAACAGAUGUUCGACGCCAAGAACAUGAUGGCGGCUUGCGACCCACGUCACGGCCGUUACCUCACCGUCGCCGCCAUCUUCCGUGGUCGCAUGUCCAUGAAGGAAGUCGACGAGCAGAUGCUCAACAUCCAAAACAAGAACUCGUCAUACUUCGUCGAAUGGAUCCCCAACAACGUCAAGACCGCCGUGUGCGAUAUCCCGCCCCGUGGUCUUAAGAUGUCCGCCACCUUCAUUGGCAACUCCACCGCCAUCCAAGAGCUGUUUAAGCGCAUCUCUGAGCAGUUCACCGCUAUGUUCAGGCGUAAGGCUUUCUUGCAUUGGUACACCGGCGAGGGCAUGGACGAGAUGGAGUUCACCGAGGCCGAGAGCAACAUGAACGAUCUGGUUUCGGAAUACCAGCAGUACCAGGAGGCGACCGCUGACGAGGACGCGGAGUUCGACGAGGAGCAGGAGCAGGAGGUAGAGGAUCACUAGACGUCGAUGUGUUGUGACGUUUUAUGCCAUUAUUCGUCUCGCGUUACUUUAAGUAACAUUAAUGAAUCUUAUAUUGUGUAUUGAAGACAUGCUUGCUAACUUUUAACAGAAUGCACGACUUAACAAAUCACGGUUUUGACUAGAUAAUGUGAAAGCAUUUAAAAUAAUACAUUCCGCGUGAUCCGAGCGAGCCUCGUCGAUGGUAAGACCUGAUAUUUCUCAAAGGCUGAUGAUAUAAAAUGAAUAGUUCAUACGUAAACUAUAUAUUGAAGUAUUUUGACCUCGCCAUACAAAAAUUGAUUAUGUCGGCUUCAAUAACAGAAGUUUUAUUACGUUUACGAUUAAAAUUGUUUUAAACAAUAAUUUAAUGUAUAUAAUAAAGAUUUUUAUUUAUUA